UUCAGGCUCUUUAAAUCCCCCCUGCCUGUCCCCGCUGGAUUAUCUCCAUCGUCCUGCCGCUGAGAUGUCUACUCCGGACGCAGCAGGCACCCCAGGAGCCCCGGACUCCGAGGGGGGGCCCCUAGCUGCGGCCCCCAACCUGACCAGCAACAGGCGACUGCAGCAGACGCAGGCGCAGGUGGACGAGGUGGUGGACAUCAUGCGGGUGAACGUGGACAAGGUCCUGGAGAGGGACCAGAAGCUGUCGGAGUUGGACGACCGCGCAGACGCCCUGCAGGCCGGCGCCUCGCAGUUUGAGAGCAGCGCCGCCAAACUCAAAAACAAAUACUGGUGGAAAAACUGCAAGAUGAUGAUCAUCAUGGCUAUUGUCGGCGUCAUAUUCUUUGGUGUCAUCUUCUUGUACUUCUUCUACUGAGUCCCACUCAGCACCUUCCUGCUCUUCCUCACGCCCUGCAAUGGCUGAUGGGUAACAUUUGGCUCUGCCUGCAAACAUCAUACAUGUCAAACUGUGACCUCCGUGUAAUUCUUUAAACCACCAGCAUAUUUGCACUGAAAGUAUUUCCUUGUCCAAUGAAAUUAUUUUGUCUUCUGUAAGAAAGCUGCCCCCUUGUGGACCAUUAAGUUACUGCUUGUUAAUUCACUUUGAUUAAGGUGAAUAUUGUGAUUGUAUUGAAAAAUAAAUUGUAUUGAAAAGCCAUUAAAUAGCCUCUAUUGUUCUUGUUUGG